AUGAAAAGUUACCUGUUGCGGCUGGGGGAUGAGGAAGAAGGGCAGGACCUGGGCGGAGGCCGCCAAGACGGUAAGGAGGGGGGCGCGGAGGGCAAGGCCGGCGGGAGUUGGCUUUCUCGCCGGGCUGCCGGUCUCCGGGGAAGGGAGGUCACUUGGCCCCGCGGCCGGGCUGAGGGGCUCGAAAGCGCGCGCAGAGGGCGGCGGUUAGGGUCGCCUUGGAGAGCCCCGAUUGGAUGCAGGCAGGAGGAGGCUUGUGCGUGCAUCCAGCCCCGGAAAGGAGAGGGGAGCGCUGGAGCUCGGUGGCGUUUCCCCCGCCGAGGCGCUGGUGCCACCAGACCCCGGGGCCCCUGCUUAUCUGGCUCUGGGAGCCAACGGCAGGUCACGAGGCUUUUGUGUUUGCCGUCCGAGCUGAAAGUGCAGGAGGUGUUUAGAAACGAAGUAACAGUGAGUUCCUUCGGGGUUACUCCUGCAGUAGGUGGACUAUCAUCUGGGACAGUUGGGGAAGCCUCGACAGCCCUGAGUUCAGCAGCCCAGGUAGCUUUGCAGUCUCUCUCUCAUGCAAUGGCUUCAGCCGAGCAACAGCUACAGGUGCUGCAAGAGAAACAGCAGCAGCUUUUGAAGCUUCAGCAACAGAAAGCAAAGCUGGAAGCCAAGUUGCACCAGACAACAGCUGCAGCAGCUGCAGCAGCAUCAGCAGCAUCAGCAGCAUCAGCAGCAGGUCCUGUUCACAACUCUGUGCCUUCCAACCCAGUGGCUGCCCCUGGAUUUUUCAUCCAUCCAUCUGAUGUUAUUCCACCUACUCCAAAAACAACACCACUUUUUAUGACUCCACCACUCACUCCCCCUAAGGAAGCAGUUUCUGUUGUGAUUAAUGCCGAGCUUGCACAGCUUUUUCCAGGCUCAGUCAUUGAUCCCCCAGCAGUGAAUCUUGCUGCACAUAACAAAAAUUCCAACAAGUCUAGAAUGAAUCCACUUGGUUCUGGUCUAGCCCUUGCAAUUUCUCAUGCCUCACAUUUUCUUCAGCCUCCACCUCACUAGUCCAUUAUUAUAGAGCGAAUGCAUUCAGGAGCCAGGAGAUUUGUGACCUUGGAUUUUGGAAGACCUAUACUAUUGACAGAUGUACUGAUUCCCACUUGUGGAGACUUGGCCUCCUUAUCAAUUGACAUAUGGACGUUAGGAGAAGAAGUGGAUGGGAGGCAUUUGGUAGUGGCAACUGAUAUAAGCACCCAUUCACUAAGUCUUCAUGACUUAAUACCACCACCUGUGUGCAGAUUCAUGAAGAUAACUGUCACUGGACGUUAUGGAAGCACAAAUGCCAGAGCAAAGAUCCCAUUAGGAUUUUACUAUGGACAUACAUAUAUCUUGCCUUGGGAAAGUGAACUGAAGUUGAUGCAUGAUCCUCUAAGAGGCGAAGGCGAAUCUGCCAACCAGCCAGAAAUUGACCAGCAUUUAGCAAUGAUGGUUGCUUUACAAGAAGAUAUACAGUGCAGAUAUAACUUAGCCUGUCAUCGUCUGGAAGCUCUUUUGCAGAGUAUUGAUCUUCCUCCUCUCAACAGUGCAAACAAUGCACAG